AUGCAACUGCAAACACUUGAUAUCAGAGGUACCUCCAUAGUGAUACUGCCGAGAAGCAUCGUCAAGCUUCGGAAGCUGCAAUAUCUUCGUUCCAGCAACCAGCUUACAUGGUGUCUUGGACCGAUAAGCAACAAUGAUUCACAUCCUUAUUUGAAGACAUGCAUGGUUUUUUGUACUGGAUGUUGCAUACCUCGGGAAGUAAUACAAACUGAUGGCUUCAACCAGCGUGAUGUAUGCACCUUCACAUGCUGCGCGGCAAUCCCUUUUCUGAUGGGAGGGCAUGGCAAUGAUGUUGGCGUGAGGGUGCCAAGAGGGAUGAGGAGAAUGAAGGCCCUGCAUACAUUACAGGGUGUGGACCUGGUCGCGUCCGGAGGCAUUGCUUUUCUGCGGAACAUCAAAGGAGGACUCGUGGGGCUGCGUAAGCUAGGAGUGGUCCGCCUACAAGAGAAGAAUGCUUUAGAGUUUUGUGCUGUCAUUUCCAGUCUCAACCUCCUAGAAUCAUUGUCAGUGGCUCCAGAGGGUGGACACGAUUUGCGUCUGGACGGCAUUUCCUCGCCUCCAAGUAACCUCCGGAACCUCAAGCUGGAGGGCAUCAUGCCCAAAUUGCCGGAAUGGGUCAAGAAGCUUGAGAACCUUGUAAAGUUGGAGAUCAAAUUCGAAACAUCUGACCAAGUGGAGCAGGAUGCUGCUAUAGAAGCCCUGGGGAGUCUACCAAACCUAGCCGCCAUGCGUCUCAAUGUGAUGCAUUUCCGUGGUGAAGAAUUACAUUUCGUGGCGGAGGCAUUCCGGAGCCUCGUCGUGCUGGAUGUUUCAAGCGCAAGGAAAAUGAGGUUGGUUGAGUUUGAGGAGGGAGCAAUGCCCAAACUCCAGCAGCUUCUCCUCCAGUGUCUGGAUAUCAGGACUAGGUUUCUUGGAGUGGACUCUCUCGGAAGCAUCAAGGAAGUAGGGAUCCAUCAGCACCAUAUCACCGAGGAGUUCCAGGCCCAGGUCGCUUUGAAUAGAAACAAGCCAAUCCUGAAUAAAUUAUAA